GUCUUGAGACCUAACCACGCGCAUUCUCGUCCCGUCCCUACACCUCAACCACGACCUCCUCGCUUCCCCUCACCAUCUUCUGAACUCGCGACAACCCUACUUCAGCUUCGUCGCCCAUCUAUAAAGAGGUCCGACCCCGAAAUCCUCCUUGCCAACCCACUCCUCUUCGAAGACCAUCUCGCCAAAUCAGAAACCUACCUACCACCUCGGCUUGUCGGCCUCGGGUCACCAAAUACACACAGACCGGGUCUGAGGAAAGUCUCGCCGUCUAAACAACAUGUCAGGAUAUCCGGGCCAGUACGGAGGAUACCAAGGCGGCCCGCCGCCGCAGCAGCAAUACGCGCAGGGCAGUUACUACCCCCCUCCGCAGCAAGGAUACAAUGGAUACCCUCCCGCUGGGUCGGGGUACGGUUACCAACAGCCGUCGCCUCAACCCUAUGGAUACAACCAGCCCCCUCCUCCGCAACAAUACGGUGGAUAUCAGCAGCCUCCGCCUCAACCGAACUACAACAACCGCCCAGGAGUACCCACCGCGAACUCAAAUGCGUACAUGCACGGAAACCACAACGCUCCUCCGCCACCGCCCUCAGCACCACAGAGAUUUGGACAUGGCGCGCCUACCAACUACAACUUCCAGUACUCCAAUUGCACCGGCCGGAGAAAGGCGUUACUGAUUGGCAUCAACUACUUCGGCCAGCGCGGUCAACUGCGUGGCUGUAUCAAUGAUGUGAAGAACAUGUCGGCGUACCUCGUCGACCGUUUUGGGUAUAAGAGGGAGGAUAUGGUUAUCCUCACUGACGACCAGCAAAAUCCCAUGAGCCAGCCUACGAAACAGAACCUCCUCAGAGCCAUGCAUUGGCUUGUGAAGGACGCGAGGCCCAACGACUCCCUUUUCUUCCACUAUUCAGGUCACGGUGGUCAAACAAAGGAUCUGGAUGGCGACGAGCCUGACGGAUAUGAUGAAGUCAUUUAUCCGGUAGAUUUCCGCCAAACCGGUCAUAUUACAGACGAUGAGAUGCACAGAAUCAUGGUUCAACCUUUGCAGGCUGGCGUGAGAUUGACUGCUAUCUUCGAUUCUUGUCACUCGGGUACUGCACUCGAUCUCCCUUACAUCUACUCGACCCAGGGUAUCCUCAAGGAGCCCAAUUUGGCCAAGGAGGCCGGCCAAGGUCUGCUCGGCGCCAUAUCGUCAUACAGCCAAGGCGAUCUGGGCGGUGUGGCGAGCAACAUCAUGGGCUUCUUCAAGAAGGCAACCACUGGCGAAGAUGCUUACAACCGCACCAUGGCCACGAAGACGUCGCCUGCUGAUGUAGUCAUGUUAUCAGGAAGCAAAGAUGACCAAACUUCGGCCGAUGCCACAAUUGCUUCUCAGGCUACCGGUGCCAUGUCGUGGGCCUUCAUCACGGCCAUGAAGAAGAACCCUCAACAGAGCUACGUGCAGCUCUUGAACAGCAUCCGUGACGAGCUUUCGACCCGCUACACGCAGAAGCCUCAGCUCUCCUGCAGUCACCCUCUCAACACCAACCUCUUGUUCGUCAUGUAAAUCAUAACCCUGUGUGUCAACGGCCGGUCCGCCUUGUAUAUGUCAUAAUGCCCUACUUCGGCCUGGAAACAUAAAUACUCAGGUUUGGUUAGACGUAGGUAGGCAUAGGUCAUCAUUGAAAAAAGGAAUCGGUUGGGAUGGCGAAAAUUGAGGAUUUUGGGUAUCAUUUGGGCGGUUUCAUUUUGUUUUU